UGUGUCUCAGCACAGAGCUCUCAUUCAGACCUCGCGGUGCCCUUCCAGCGCCUUGCUUUCUACCCUUCCUGACUAAUUUAGGGCACAAACAACGAAUUUCCUGCAAACCGCCAGCCUCGGGGGUCCCCGCAUUCCUGUGGAUGAGCACAUCGACUUGGGAAUCCGAGGAAGACCAGGCUCCUGGACUCCAACACAGCCUCCUGAAUCCUUCCCACAGUCAGGAUUCCCUGGAAAAAUCUGAAUGUGUGAACAAGAGCACUUGGAGCCCAUGCAGAUCUUUCCGCCGCGAAAGGUGUUGUUUUGACCUCCUGCCCGGGGUGCAUUGGAAUGGCUUUGAAGGUCUUCAUGAACCCCCAGAUCUUCAGCUGUAAAGAUGAAAGUUUACAUAGAGGCCUCCUUGAAACAUCAUCCUAGUGUGGAAUGUACCAUUCUUCUCUCCGUACCUGAUACUCCUCGAAAGGGAAAAAAGUGUUGAGAUGGGAAAGGCGUCAACUACGUGUCCGCGGACGCAGUCUUAAACGCAUCUUCUCAGAAGGACAGCGUAAUGGCGGACUGCUCUGCCGUGGAGUUUUCCUAAGGAACCCUUGUCUUUGGAUCUCAGAUGACCACCACGUCCUUGGAGCCUCAGCUUGCCGCGAUUCAGUAGCAGCAUUAAGAGAGGGCUGCUCUCUCGAGAUGGGCUGCCGAGAAAUCCACCGGGUUUCUUCUUAACCUUGGGCUCUGUUUAUGACCCAUCCGAGAGGCUUCCCUCCCGGCUGCCUUGCUCCCUGGAAAGCCCUCUCUGUGCACGGGCUCACCUCACGGCGUGGUUUGCUCCGAGUUGUAGCGCACGGACGCCCGCGGAUGUGGAAGUGAGCCAUGUCGAGGCCCCAGGGACUGUUAUGGCUCCCGUUGUUCUUCACCCCCGUCUGCGUCAUGUUGAACUCCAAUGUUCUCCUCUGGAUAACCGCACUUGCCAUUAAGUUCACGCUCGUAGACAGCCAAGCACAGUACCCAGUGGUCAACACAAACUAUGGCAAAAUCCGGGGCCUAAGAACACCGUUGCCCAAUGAGAUUUUGGGUCCAGUGGAGCAAUACUUGGGGGUCCCCUAUGCCUCUCCUCCCACUGGAGAGAGGCGGUUCCAGCCCCCAGAGCCCCCAUCCUCAUGGACCGGAGUUCGGAAUGCCACCCAGUUCGCUGCCGUGUGCCCCCAACACCUGGACGAGAGGUCUUUGUUACAUGACAUGCUGCCCAUUUGGUUCACUGCUAAUUUGGAUACUUUAAUGACCUACGUUCAAGAUCAAAAUGAAGACUGCCUUUACUUGAACAUCUACGUGCCCACGGAGGAUGGAGCCAACACAAAGAAAAACGCAGAUGAUAUAACCAGUAAUGACCGUGGUGAAGAUGAAGACAUCCAUGAUCAGAACAGUAAGAAGCCGGUCAUGGUGUAUAUCCACGGCGGGUCUUACAUGGAAGGCACUGGAAACAUGAUUGACGGCAGCGUGUUGGCCAGCUACGGCAACGUCAUCGUGAUCACGAUUAACUACCGGCUGGGAAUUCUGGGGUUUCUAAGUACGGGUGACCAGGCGGCCAAAGGCAACUACGGGCUCCUGGAUCAGAUCCAGGCACUACGGUGGAUUGAGGAAAACGUCGGGGCCUUCGGCGGAGACCCCAAGCGCGUGACCAUCUUCGGCUCCGGUGCAGGGGCGUCCUGUGUCAGUCUGUUGACCUUGUCACACUAUUCGGAAGGUCUGUUCCAGAAGGCCAUCAUCCAGAGCGGGACGGCCCUGUCCAGCUGGGCAGUAAACUACCAGCCUGCCAAGUACACGCGGAUAUUGGCAGAUAAAGUCGGCUGCAACAUGCUGGACACCACGGACAUGGUGGAAUGCCUUCGGAAUAAGAACUACAAAGAGCUCAUUCAGCAGACCAUCACCCCGGCCACGUACCACAUUUCCUUUGGCCCCGUCAUCGAUGGGGACGUCAUCCCAGACGACCCCCAGAUCCUGAUGGAGCAGGGGGAGUUCCUCAACUAUGACAUCAUGCUUGGCGUCAACCAGGGCGAAGGCUUGAAGUUCGUGGACGGCAUCGUGGACAACGAAGACGGAGUGACGCCCAAUGACUUUGACUUCUCCGUGUCCAACUUUGUGGACAACCUUUAUGGCUACCCGGAGGGGAAAGACACUUUGCGGGAAACCAUCAAGUUCAUGUACACGGACUGGGCAGACAAGGAAAACCCCGAGACGCGGCGCAAGACGCUGGUGGCUCUCUUCACGGAUCACCAGUGGGUGGCCCCCGCGGUGGCCACGGCUGACCUGCACGCUCAGUACGGCUCCCCCACAUACUUCUACGCGUUCUACCACCACUGCCAGAGUGAGAUGAAGCCCAGCUGGGCAGACUCAGCCCACGGCGACGAAGUCCCCUACGUCUUCGGAAUCCCCAUGAUUGGCCCUACGGAGCUCUUCAGUUGUAACUUCUCCAAGAACGAUGUCAUGCUCAGCGCCGUGGUCAUGACCUACUGGACCAAUUUCGCCAAAACCGGGGACCCAAACCAACCUGUUCCACAGGACACCAAGUUCAUUCACACGAAACCCAAUCGCUUUGAGGAAGUGGCCUGGUCCAAGUAUAACCCCAAAGACCAGCUCUAUCUACAUAUUGGCCUGAAGCCCCGAGUGAGGGAUCACUACCGAGCCACCAAAGUGGCUUUCUGGCUGGAAUUGGUCCCCCACCUGCACAACCUGAAUGAGAUAUUCCAAUACGUGUCAACCACCACGAAGGUCCCGCCUCCCGACAUGACCUCCUUCCCGUAUGGAACCCGGCGGUCUCCCGCCAAGAUCUGGCCCACCACCAAACGCCCAGCCAUCACUCCCGCCAACAACCCCAAACACUCCAAGGACCCUCAUAAGACCGGGCCCGAGGACACAACCGUCCUCAUCGAAACCAAGCGAGAUUAUUCCACCGAGCUGAGCGUCACCAUCGCCGUGGGGGCCUCCCUGCUCUUCCUCAACAUUUUGGCGUUCGCGGCUCUGUACUACAAGAAGGACAAGAGGCGCCAUGAGACACACAGGCGCCCCAGCCCGCAGAGGAACACCACAAAUGACAUCGCUCACAUCCAGAACGAAGAGAUCAUGUCGCUGCAGAUGAAGCAGCUGGAGCAUGAUCACGAGUGUGAGUCGCUGCAGGCGCAUGACACGCUGAGGCUCACCUGUCCUCCGGACUACACCCUGACGCUGCGUAGGUCUCCGGAUGACAUCCCACUGAUGACACCAAACACCAUCACCAUGAUCCCAAACACACUGACGGGCAUGCAGCCUUUGCACACAUUCAACACCUUCAGCGGAGGACAAAACAGUACCAAUCUCCCCCACGGACACUCGACCACUAGAGUAUAGCUUUGUACUCCAUCCGCUCCAUCUGCUCCUCCCCGCUGGAGAGGGGGAGAGAGAGAAGCGACCUGUGCCCACCAGCAGCGUGGGUCACCCCACUGAUGUAGAACAAGAGCAAACAACGGGGCCGCCAUCAUGUCCCUGUGGACACAUCCCAUUGGCAUUUCCCAGUAUGACGAGAUCUCCUUGUGACCCUAUGAAAUGUGAAAAAGUAGACAUUGCUGUUACAAUACCGCUUUAACAUCUUCACCCCUCCAGACAACACGUAGUGUGGCUUAGGACAUCACCGUCUCUAGGACUUGGAUGCUUUUCAUGUUAACAAUAGAAGCUGACACUUUGGGAACUCAGCCAGGGACACUUAACAUUUUUUUAAAUUAACAAAUGAAAAAAAACAGUUAUGUGCCAUAUGAUGGAUGGCUAGGCUUAAAGGAAAGAAGAGUCUGUGGGCUUUUACCCAGCACUUGGAGCUGUAAUCCAGAGAGACAGAAGGAAACGUAGAAUUGUAUUAAUGCAAGACCUGACUAUGCAGUAAAACACGUACAGUUCUGUGCAAAGAGAUGUUUGGCCAGCCUGAACUAUAUUUAAGAAACUUUGUAAAAAAAAAAAAUGAAAAGUGUAUAUAGCUGUGAGUUUCAACAAAAAUGCACACAGAGAAAGAAAAAAAAACCAACAAAAAAAGCUUUUAUUGGUGUUUUCAGUUCGAAAGACCUUUUAGCAAGGUUGUGUUUUCCAUUGUGGUCUGUAUGUAUAUAAAUAUAUAUAUAUACACAUUAGUCAUCCACCUGUGUUUCCUCCAGGACACAGGGGGACGUUCUUCUUAAUUCCUUGGGGUAAGCAAAGACAUGGUGUUUUCUAACGCAUUUCAUUUGUGGGAGGCUGUGGGGUCACACCAAGGACCCAGACCGUCUGUGUGGUGGGGCUCUUCCCCCCCUUUUCGGGAUGCAUGCGACAGCAUCGUUAGGAGACCGACCGGUGUGUUAGCAAACUUUUAUUUUCAUGCGUGUUCUAGCUUCCAUGGAGUUGCACCACCUAGAUGGACCCCCCCCCCCCCCGCCGCAACCCUGUCCCCAGCGUGGAGUCUCUGUAAAGCUUGCUGAAUUAGAGACACGCACACUCAGAGCCCCUGCAGGAAAGAAAAAACACAAAAUACAAGUCUUGGUCUGUGGUUGUGGUUCUUUGAAUGUGUUUAGCGAGAUCUUGCUGCCCACCCCCAGGGGUCCUGCCAAAAAGGAAAGAAAGCUUGCCUUUGGUGGGGAUGGGGCCGUGCCCUGCCGAGUUAAUACGGCUCAGUGUUUUCCAGCAGCUGCACAAAGGGCUUUGGGUCCUCAACUACCUGCUUAGCUUAGCUAAUCAGAUUGAAGGAGGGCGUGCAUCUUUCCUUCUUUCCUUAAGCAGUAAGUCCCUUAUUUAUCCGGAAAGCAAGAUUGUUUUUAUUCUUUAUAUCGUUUAUGGGGCAAAACACCUGCUUGUCUAAGGAACUGUGAGGCUUGUGUAUCAGUCCCUGAUCCAUGAGUCGUACGGGUAGAAAACAAACCCACCGAAAACGACGGAACAUUCAACGCAGCGUGCGUGGUGUUCUGGGAAGUUAGGGUCGCCUUUGCUGUCAAGACACGGAAGUUAUUCACCCCACUUCAGAUCGGCAUGCCGGGGACUGGAGAUUUGCCCUCCCACACCCUCCUCAUGUCGCCAUUGCCUUUUUAAUUUUAUCUGAAGGAAUACUUUGAGUGUCCUACAGCGUAAGGGAAGAUGACAAUAGGUACUUUAUAGUCUGUCUUUCAAGAAUUACUGCAAACAUCAGGAAAUAGGAGCCAAAGAUGUUUGAAAAUACUGUCUCUGGGCUUGACUGUGGUUACUUUAGAAACGCAGGCUUCCAAGCCAUUGCUGAGUUGGGGAUCUCCACAAAAUCAGUUCAGCAUUCUGGCCCCUUGACAUAACGCCCGAAUACCGCACCCCUGCACUAAAACAGUGGCCAUCGGUACUCACGUCUUCGAAGAUGCCCUUCAGCAAAAGACAGUUCUCACAAGCGCAUAGAAGUCACACGAUCAGCUCUGUCGUCUAGGUUAAAAUUUGAGCGUGGGUCUCUGUAUAUACGUAUGUGAAAUAUUACAGUCCCUACUUGGCACAUGACCAAAUGACAGUCCUUUCCUGCAGCUCAACGUGUCACGGGGACAAGUUUUGUCCCAAGUUCAUCCUUCUCCAAAGCUACUGUCAGGCCAUUCAUGCAAGCUCUGUUAUCCCCCCCCAGCUGGGCUACGGCCAAUCGGCUGGUUUUCCAUACAGCUAGCCGGCAGGUGAUGUUUGCCAUCAGUGUGGGUCUGGUAUGUUUGUAAUGUGAAUUCCAAUAUUUGUUUAGUAUUUCCAGUUGUCUUCUGCUAGCAAUAUGCACAGUAAUGUAUCAGGCUUGUGACAUUUGGAUAAGGAAAAAAAAAGUUCUUGUUAAGUGAAUAACUUUAGCUUUUACAGAGGAUAUGAUCAAAAGAAAUUUAAUACACCUUAAAUGAGAUCUUAUUUCUACAUGGAAAGAAGUUAUAGAAUCUUCAUAGAGUUCUAUGAGAAUAAAAUAUACUUGCUAUCUAUAAAAAAGAGAAAAAUGAGAAAAAAAACAAGAAAAAGAAAAUAAGUUAAAAAAAAAAAAAAAAACUUUCCUAGGCUUUUAUUCUUGACCUUCACAGGCACGCAGGGUUUAAUGGUUUCUUGGGUUAUUAUUUUGCAAUUUUGUUUUUGAUUUUGCCUUAAGUAAUGAUAGGAGAUAUAUAUGGCUGGACACAUAUGUAUAAACUUUUCAGCAGCAUUUUUAAUAAUAAAAUAUCACAGUAUUUUCUAA